GUGCCAAACCAAAUUCAGCAAUUACUCCACUUUCUGGUUUAAAUGCAGCUCAGCAAUGGUAUCUAUUUGAUGAAGAUUGUAUUCGGGUUUUAGGUUCAGAAGAAGCUUCAAAACAUAAAUUUAUAAAUACCAAGUGUGCAUGUGCAAAUCGUCUUAAAAGUUGUUCUUAUUGGGUCGAAAGACAUACCUCAGAACAAACUAGGGAUGAAGGGAAAGGGGAUGAAGGGGACGAAAAAGGUGAAAGGAAUGCAUUUCAAUUAACUUUUCAUACUCCACUAUCACAAUUACCUCCGUCACGAAAUUUAAACAACUUUUUUUAUACAACACCAUCUAUUACAUCACAUAGAAGUAGUGUAACUGAUAUAUCUAAUAUAUCAUCUCAAAGUUUUAUUCCGCUUGAUAAUUAUGUAUAUCCAAUUAAAGAACUUUUUAAAUGGAUUAACCCAAUAUUAUGUUUGCCAAGUCAAAAACAGCUUAGUGAUCGAAUUCUUGAAAGAACUACUAACAAAAUUUCAGAAACUAUUCUUAAUGAUGCUAUUAAUGAUGAUCUUGAAAAUAAUAUGAUUAUCUGGAAAAUUGAAGAUAUUAAUGGAAAAAGAUGUAAAGGUGAUAUUGUGAUAGAUGAAACCAAAAAAUCUUUUGAACAACUUGAACAGAAACAAAUUAAA